CAUCAAUGUGUUAAGUCAACAUUCACAGUGAAUUUAACCUGAAAUAAAUGUAUAAUAAUUAGAACAAUAAUUUAUAAAACUUUAGAGAGAGAGAGACUGAAAGGGGUGCCUGAUAGUAGAUUGAUAUCUUAGUUACCCAGUGUAGCUUCUUGGAAGUCAGAUAUUUUUCCAACUUGUCCAGAAUGUCUAUAUGUGCAUAAUGUAUCUAAUGAGUUCAAAGAUAAUUGGCAAAACUGGUACACGACCACAGGAAGUGAAAGUUUUUUAGGUGUCCUCUGCCCUCGCUUUAAAUGCCCUCUUUGGGAAGGUCAUCUUACAGAUCAUCCUCAAUCUCCUGUUUCCUAUUUGUAUGGGUCUCUUUCUGCAGCAGCAUCAGAAUGAGUGUGUUUCAGCCUCUGGACAGUUUUGGUGGCAUGUUCUGCAGUCAUGGCGAGAGUCUGGUUACCAUUAUAUCUACUGCUCUUCUUAUUUACAAGCACACUCUGUCUAGAUGUGAGUCAAAUUCAAGUUCCUAAAAAUGGAAUUUCUGGAGUAUUGUUAGUCCAAUCCAUGAACAAUGUGUACAGUUUUAAUGCCACCACAGCCAAAGUGGCAUGUGAGGCUAUUAAAAUGAGAAUUGCUAAAAAGGCUGAAGUGGAAACAGCAAACAAAAAUGGCUUACAGACAUGCAGGUAUGGUUGGGUUGAAGAGCAAAUUGCAGUUAUUCCUCGAAUCGAGAAAAAUGAAAAUUGUGGUAAAAACAACUUGGGCGUUAUUGCUUGGACAGCUGACAUCAGCAAAAUGUUUGACGUUUACUGUUUUAAGCCAGCAGGUCCUGGUGGAUCAUUUGAAACAACAUCAAGCAGGCCUCAACCUACAACAAGAGAAAGAACACCAUCAAACAACCAUUAUUCCACUAGAACAACCCAUCCAUCAUCCAUUAAGUCAGCCUCUUCUCCUGCGUACACCUCUAGAUCCCGUCCUCUCUACACAUCCACCCCAUCCAUUUCCUUUGCUUUCAACACUUCUUCCACAACAUUUACAACACUUAGCCUUUCUAACAUCAGUGACAGUUCCCAGGCAACGACAAGCCCUCUGUCUCUUUCAUCACCCGAAUUCUCAACCUCGUCCCCCUCAUCUUCCUCUCAUUCAUCCACUAAAUUUCUUCCUCAGCAUAGUUCAACUCCAACAGGCCAACCUGCAUUGUCCCAGACCACAACACCUAACACACCACCGAUGAAAACUCCCAAAGCAUUUGUCAUCAUCUCUGUCGUGCUACUGUUCUUGCUGGUAGCGGCAGGUGCAUCUUUGUAUCUUAAAAUUAAAAGACGACAACGGUUUCCAUCCUGGAUCAGAAUGAAGCCAAUACAGAUUAAUGAAACUGAAAUGUGGAAACGAAUAAGUGAGAGGCAUUGCAUGCCAGAACAGACCAGCAAAGACAACAACAGUAGGAAUUGCAACAAACUCAUCCUUCAAAUGGAACAAGACCCGGACUCAUCCUAAAAAACACUGCAUUUUUGUGAAAACACUGUAGGCCUACUUUGAUAAAAAUAAAUAAAUACAUUUUAAAAAA